AUGGAGUCGUCCGCGAUACGGCAUGGCGUGCGUCGAGCCAUUGCCGCAUGUCAGAAUACAUCCAAGAGGCGCGCAUUACACCAGUCGUCACGCUGCCUUGCGACUCCGGCACAAGGAGAAGGCAUCAAAGCAGCAGCUCCUAUUCGCUUCUCAUCAAACCGAAACCAAUUCUCCAAGGGACGACCUCGCGCUCAAUUGAUUGAAGAUGACGAUGCGGGGUCAGCUCGGCGUGGACGGGAUGGUCGCUUUGGGGACCAACGCCUCCUGAGGAACAUCCGCAUCAUCCCAGCGUCUCCUUCAUAUUUCACUGCCACGCCCAGAAUGACCGACGACAUGCUGCACCUGUCCCAGCUAUUGCGAAGAUACCAAACACUCCCUGUGUUACCGCCUGGCGAAGCACCUCGAGUAGCCUGGAAGACCCGACAGCAGUACAAGAUUGAAGUCCUGGAGCCAGUCAGGGCAAAGGACUACAAUAUGAUUUUGACGCUGUUGAAGAGGUUGAAUUACAUACAUCGAUCUCUGAUACCAGCAGAGGUCACACAAACGCUGGAGAAGUACAAGAGGCUGGUACAGCCUCAUCUCAACAAGCCCAAGCCGAUCGAGAUAGAUCAGUAUGGACGCGCCAGGGCAGUGGGGAAGAGAAAGACCAGCACAGCUGCUGUGUUUCUGGUGGAAGGUGAUGGGCAGUGUCUGAUCAACAACAAGUCUCUCACGAACUACUUCGGUCGCUUGCACGACAGAGAGUGUGCGCUGUGGGCUCUAAAAGCAACGGAGAGACUGAACAAGUACAAUGUAUGGGCUCUGGUGAGAGGAGGAGGCUUGACUGGACAAGCUGAAGCGAUCACCCUCGGCGUCGGAAAGGCCCUGUUGGCGCAUGAGCCAGAUUUGAAGCCAGCAUUGCGGAAAGCCGGUGUACUUACUCGCGAUCCCCGACGAGUCGAGAGGAAAAAGCCUGGAAAGCUCAAAGCCCGCAAGAUGCCGGCCUGGGUCAAACGGUAG